AUGUCAGAUGUUUUCCCGGAUUACAAAAUUGGUUUUGAACAUAUUGAAACUCGACAACAUAAAUGUGAAGGUGUUUCAGAAUGGAAAAUCUACACAUUGGACAUCAGCGCCUCCGAAGAAGACGUGGACAUUCUCACUCCAGCCCCAGACACCUCCAUCGACUCCGAAUCUGAUUCCGAGGUCGAGACCGAAUCAGCUACGGACGACCCGAUGAUCGCGGAGGAGUCCGAGUCGACCACGGUCUUCCCGGACGAAAGCGACGACUCCGCGGUGACCGACUCUCCUGAGGAGCUGGCGCCUGUGAACGGGUCGGAGGACCCGGUGCCCGAUGCGCCCAGCCCCCUGGAUAUUGUGGAGCUCCUGCAGCUGUUCAACGCCACCAAGAACGAGGUGAAGCGGCAACAGGAGGCCAACGCCACCGCCACGGCCUCCUCCACCGCCACCGCCACUUCCACGGCCUCCUCGUCCUCUUCCACCUCCACGGCGGACUCGGCGGCGUCCUCGUCCUCGACCACCAAAGACGACGAGGACCGCGGCGCGUCCGCCGACGAACUGGCCGCCUCCUUCGGCGGAGUGGUGGACGAGGAUCCGGCGACGACGCCGGCGCCGAGCGGGCUGUACUUCCUGCUGGACUGGAACUCAUUCCUGGAGGUGGGCGACCCGGAGAGCGCGCGCCGCGUCAACAUCCGCAUCGCGCCCAAGGUGGGCGACCCGCGCCGCUUCCUGCCCGUCACCGUGCCCUGAGCGACCACCACCACCACCACCACCACCACCACAGGGGAGGACGAGAUUCUCGAC